AUGACGGGUCUUCUGGUCUUCGGUGCUCUUCUGGCAGUUGCCUACAGCCAAAAGCUCUUUGUGGGGGACCAAGUUCUCCGCAUCUCCGCCAACAAUGAGGAGCACGUUGCAUUGCUCAGGGGAUUAGAGGAGUUGGAAGACCUGCAGCUUGACUAUUGGGCUGCCCCUGCCAAGCCUGGCCUCCCGGUGGAUAUCAGAGUCCCCUUCCCGAGCCUCCAGCCUGUCAAAAUCUUCCUGGAGUCUACUGGCAUUCCCUCCACCAUCAUGAUAGAGGACGUGCAGAUGUUGCUGGACGAGGAGAAAGAAGCCAUGGAGAGGGCCAGAAAAUUGGAGAGAAGCAGCAGCGGCUUUGAUUUCUCCACCUACCACACCAUAGAAGAGAUCUACAGCUGGAUGGACGAUCUCGUGGCCCAACAUCCCAACCUGGUCAGCAAAAUUCAGAUUGGAGAGAGCUAUGAAAAGCGGCCUCUUUAUGUGCUCAAGUUCAGCACAGGGAGAACUGUGAAAACUCACCGUCCUGCCAUUUGGAUUGAUACCGGCAUUCACUCUCGGGAGUGGAUCACCCAGGCGACCGGCGUGUGGACAGCCAACAAGAUAGCCACUGAAUAUGGCAAGGAUGCCUCCCUCACUGCCAUCCUAACCAGCAUGGACAUUUUCCUUGAGAUAGUCACCAACCCCGAUGGCUUUGCUUAUACUCACAGCCAGAACCGCAUGUGGCGAAAGACCCGGUCCAUCAAUGCUGGAUCUUCCUGUAAAGGUGUAGACCCCAACAGGAACUGGGAUGCAGGCUUUGGAGGCCCUGGUGCCACCAACAAUCCCUGCUCAGAAACCUACCAUGGACCCUACCCCUUUUCCGAGAGCGAAACAAAGUCCGUUGCAGACUUCAUCCUCGGCCAUGGAAACAUGAAGGCCGCGAUCUCCAUCCACAGUUACUCUCAGAUGCUGAUGUUCCCUUAUGGCUACAAGGACGAGCCUGCUCCUGACCAUCAGGAACUGGACAAUCUAGCAAAAGAGGCGGUGGAUGCCUUAGCUGCGGUACACGGGACUCAGUACAGAUACGGGAGCACGAUCCACACCAUUUACCAAGCUGAUGGCAUCACCAUUGACUGGACCUAUGAUAACGGUGUCAAGUACUCCUACACCUUUGAGCUGCGAGACACCGGCCGCUACGGCUUUCCCCCGCCCGCCCCCCCGAACAUCCCAACGGCUGAGGAGACGUGGCCGGCUCUGAUGAAGAUCAUGGUGCACGUCCAUGAACAUCCCUAUUAA